AUGCAAUCUGAAAAACAUAGUACUUUAGAACACUAUUUUCUUUCUUCUAAUAAAAAGUUGCGUAAUAAUGAACAACAAGUUGAACCAAGUAUAGCUAUUUCAUCUUCUUUAUCAACGUCUGAAAUUCAAGAUCGUUCUUCUUCUAAUGGAUUGUCUGAUGAUAAUGCUUUAUCCAAUUGUGCUGUUAAUAAUUCGACAACCCCUCUCACAUUAUCUUCUUCAAAUGAAAAAACUUGUAAAAAGCCGAUUCCAAGUGAUAUCAGUAUGUCAUGCAAUGAUGCUCCAGUUCAAAAAAUACUAUCAAGUUAUCCGACGAACCAACAAAAUCGUUCAUUUUAA